AUGCCUAACGUUGAAGAGACGUUAAUGUUUGACGUACAAGAAGAAAUCUUAGCAGAAUUUAGGAUAUAUCUUAGUACUUUUCGAUACGCUGAAUAUUCUAUCCCUGAAAGCGUUUCGAAGGUAUCUUUGAUUAA